AUGCCUGCCCCACAUUACCUUGCGCCUUCUUCCGAGGCAGCAAAUCAGCUUCCCGGUCUCGUUACUAUUGCGCCUUCCGGGCGUUCGACUUCUGGCAACAACGGUGUUGUAGAUGCUGAGUUUCCGUUAAUCACUGAAAAUUCCGGUUCCGAAGACAAACUCCGCUCUCCUUUAGCUGCACCCGACUCUUCCGUCAUAGAAAGCAGCGGCGAGUACGAUGAAUGGUAUGAUGGGAACGACUCCGCUGUACGAGCAGACUUCAUAGCCGCGAAUUCUGUCCCUGGUCCUAGAUGGCGUGAGAUGAACAUGCUCAUGUUUAUCAUCGCCUUUAUGGCAGCCUUCCAUGCUACCUUCGACAGGGGAAAAUUCAUUCGGGGCAGCACACUUGAAUACAGGAUCAAGAAUACUACGCCAGACGCAUUCGGAAUACUAGCCGGUUGGCUCUAUACUAGAAAAGUCGACCCCUACGAUGACAAUGACGAGGAGAAAGAGUAUCACGGGAGUGCCAUUACUGCUUUGGCAGAAGCCUGGUCCCUAGCAGAACAGCUCAAUCUCCCGGUGCUCCAGAGCGGCAUUCUGCAAACCCUCGUCGACAUGCAAUAUUUGCACAAAAUCAGCCUCGACGACAAAACUCUUUGCUACCUGUACAAGCACACUUCUCCAGGCAGUCCACUCCGUCGCUAUAUUACUGUAAACACCGUUCGGGAGAAAAGCAUCAGAGAUAUUGGGUGGGACGGAAGUCUUGGCAAUGGUUAUCCCAAGCAGAUGCUACAGGACAUGUUUCUUCUGUUGAUGCAGGAUAGGCAGGGUUAUGGUGACUUGCGGGUGGGUGACAAUGAGGCCAAGAUUGAUGCGAAGAGAUUCUUCGUUCCUGUUCCUCCUUUUGCAUGA